AUGCCUCGGGGUCAAAAGAGUAAGCACCGAACCCGUGAGAAACGCCGCCACACCCAAGAUGACUCCCAGAGUGACAGGAACAUUCAGGCCACUGCAGCAACAGAAGAAGAGCCCCCUUCCUCCUCUUCUCCUGUUUUGGAGGGUAACUCCCAGAGUUUAUCAGCUGUGGAGUCAAGUAGCACUUCCCACGGGUCUUGGAUGGCCUCAUCUACCAGCAUUAAUUCUCCAGGUAUUUUUGGUAGAAUAUCUCAUGAAGGUGACAAUAACCAGGGUGAGGAACGUCCACAUUCCUCCCAGGUCUUACUUUCUACUGGGAACUCAUGCAGUGACAUCCUAAAUAUAAAGGCGGAUUUAUUGGCACAGUACCUUCUGUACAAGUACAAAAUGAAACAGCCUAUUCUGAAAGAAGACAUGCUGAGGCUUGUCCAUCGAAACUAUGAGGACCAAUUUGCUGAGAUUCUCAAGAGAGCUUCUGAGCUCAUUGAGCUUGCAUUUGCAGUUGAAGUGAAGGAAGCUGACUCAACCAGUCACUCAUAUGACCUUGUCAGCAAACUGAAGCUCCCCAACAAUGGGAGGGUGCGAGGUGGCAUAGGGUUACCCAAGACUGGCCUCCUGAUGAAUAUCCUGGGUAUGAUCUUCAUAAAAGGAAAUCAUGUCACUGAGGAGGAGAUCUGGAAAUUUCUGAACAUGAUGCAAGUAUAUGCUGGGAGGAAGCACUACAUCUAUGGGGAGCCCAGGAAGCUCAUCACCAAAGAUUUGGUGAGGCUGCAAUACCUGGAGUACCGGCAGGUGCCCAACAGUGAUCCUCUACGCUAUGAAUUCCUGUGGGGCCCAAAAGCCCAUGCUGAAACCAGCAAGAUGGAAGUCCUGGAGUUCAUGGCAAAAAUCAAUGAUACCGUCCCUACCACUUUCCCAUUACAGUAUGAAGAAGCUUUGCAAGAUGAGGAAGAGAGAGCUCUAGCCAGAGUCGCAGCCAGGCCUGGCACUACUGGCCAUUGCCAAGCAUGUUCCAGGGUUGCAUCUAGCAGCUUCUCCCACCCCUAUUGA